AUGUCUGCCAGCCCGCGACCAAACCGCCUCCCUUUGCGGAGAGCGUGGGAGUUGCUUGAGCAGCGCGAGCAUGAGCGGUACCGAAUUGCGCGGGGCGUCGACAUCCCGCUUCGGCCCGGACUCAGCAACGUGCAGCGGUAUUCGAUUCACAAUUCGAAGCUGCACCGGGCCGACAACCGGUACUCGGACGUGAAUGCGUACGACCAGACCGCUGUCAAGCCGGGCGGCGAGUUCCUCAACGCCAAUAUCGUCGGCGACGGCACAGGACGGUGGUGGGUCGCUGCACAAGUGAGACUACACGAGGCGGCGGCGCUUCUCGACAACUCGGCUUCGGAGGCUGCUGAGCGGGAUCCGCAUCUCCUCAAGACAAGAAACAAGAAGGACGUCAUCCUCAUUCAGCUCACUGGAUGGGUUGAGCGGGGCAUUGAGAAGGCGUGUCCAUACAUGCCCCUGACUUUUAAAUCCAAACACGGCGACGAGAUCCACCUCAGGCUGAAGAAGCAGGAGCGCAAGCCGGAACUCGGCUCGGUGUACUCAGAGCUGGAAGUUACCGAUGGAGAUGCGGCCAAAGUCGUCCAUCACUACUUCUUCUCAUCGUGGCCCGACCAUGGCGUUCCGGAGGGUGAAAAUGUCGAGUGUCUGCGCCGCCUCGUCGAGGACAUCGCCCGUCAGAGUGGCACGGAUCGAGGCGAGCAGGAGUGCGAGGUCUGGGUGCACUGUUCUGCCGGCGUCGGCCGCACGGGUACAUUCAUCGCACUGUCUUCGCUGUUCUAUCCCCAGCCGAGAACGUAUGAGACGGACGACCUGGAAGCUCUCGGUGGCGACCCCAUUGCUGAGACCGUCGAGGUCAUUCGACGAUCUCGCAACAUCCUCGUCCAGGCGCCGCAGCAGCUCAAGCUGAUCUACGACAUGAUGGAGGAGUAUGGUAAUAGAAGUGUACAUUAG